AUUGCUGAGAUUAUAGAAUCCAAGGAAGAAUCCAUCACAAAGUCGGCCCUGUACAGAGCUUUGGUGUUGAUUGCUCUAGCUCAGCAAGGAAAGCAGCCUUCCCCAAAACUACUGGAGAAUAUCACACAAGAAUAUCCAAAACCUCAGUUGGGUGAGUUAGAGUCGAUCCGGAUGCAGGCUCAUGGGAAUCCGAUCCUCUUGUCAAUGACUCUGCAAGACCUGCUGCAUAUUGAUAUGGUGCAGGUGGAACUAAUUCCAGAGAAGAAGGGUCUGUUUUUAAAACACGUGGAAUAUGAACUUUCCAGCCAGCGAUUCAAGUCGUCUGUUUACCGACGAUACAAUGAUUUUGUGGUGUUUCAUGAAGUGCUCCUCCAGCGGUUCCCAUAUCGAAUGGUACCAGCAUUGCCGCCAAAGAGAAUGCUAAGAGCUGACCGUGAAUUUAUUGAGUCUCGGCGACGUGCUCUAAAGCGUUUUAUUAACCUGGUGGCUCGUCACCCAUUCUUCUCUGAAGAUGAGCUUCUACAUAUCUUCCUGUGCUUCAGUGGUCCAGAUGUUCAGAAUAAGAUUCGAGAAUCAUUGCGAGGAGUGGGUGAUGAGUUUAUGACGUGUGAAAUCGCAACAACAGCCAAGGAACUACUUCCUCCUGAUAUUCAGGCUCAGUUUGGUGCUAGUAGAGAGCUGAUCCGAAACAUCUAUAACAGUUUCCAUAAGCUAAGGGACCGGGCAGAGAGAAUGGCAAACAGAUCUGCUGAGAACGCCACUGAUCUCCUGCUGUUUGGGAAGGAAUUGAGUAUCUUGGGCUCUGACACAACACCAGUUCCAUCGUGGGCAUCAGCAGCAAGCAACACAUGGGGUACCUUGAAGCAAGCCCUUAAAGGCUUAUCUGUGGAGUUUGCAUUACUUGCUGACAAAGCUGCACAGCAGGGUAAACGAGAAGAGGAGGAAGUGGUCGAAAAACUCAACCUCUUUCUGGAUCUGUUGCAAUCCUACAAGGACUUGUGUGAGCGUCAUGAGAAAGGUGUCCUUCAUGAGCACCAACGAGCAUUGCAGAAAUACACCUCCAUGAAACGGCAGAUGAUGAGUGUAACUGUGCAAAAUAAGGAGCAGAUUUCUGUGGAGCAACUGGAGUCACGAAUUGUACAGCAAGAGAACACAAUUCUCACCAUGGAGCUUCGGAACUAUUUUUCGAUGUAUUGCCUGCACCAGGAGACUCAACUCAUCCAUGUUUACUUACACAUCAUCUCCCAUGUGCUGACUGCCUUCAUUGAUUCGCAGAUCCAAGGGCAUCGAGAGAUGAGUGAAGUGUGGAAUGAUUUGAAACCAAAGCUGGGAGGUCUUCUGCCCAAUGGAGUGCCGUCACCACCUCUGUCCCCAGGGAAUUUGCAGGCACCAAGCUCCAUUUUACCCACAGUGAAUUGAGAUGUUUCCUUUAUUUCUAAUUGAUGUUCUUUCUCUUCAUCCUCUGUAAAAGAUUCCAUAUUUGUUCCCUAUAAAAGGACAUUAUCUGCAAUAUGGUUUAAAACUUUUUACUAAAUAACAGCUACUCAAAGUUGUAAACAAAGCCAUACCAUUUGUGUUGGUCCACCUCCUGCUGCUUCUAUAGGGAUGCUGGACUGUUGAAAUAAGCAUCUUCACCCUUGAUGAUCUGUGGCAGUGUUGAUUUAUGGUCAUCUUUUGAUAUAAUUAGGAGCAUCACCGCAUUGAACUAAUCAGUCAAUUUUUAGUUUGGUUUAACAAAACAGUUUAGAGCAACCCUCUUGAAUUGCCCACAGUGUAUCAGUGGGGACAGGGAACAGCUCUGGUGGAACUUCCCCUCUCCCAAAUGUGAAUAGAAUCCAGACUACCCUGAACUAUUUUAUUGUAAUCACCUGGUAACUAUUAUUUGUCUGCAUAUAAACAAUGAUUAUAUUGUUGGAUGUUACUCCUUUCGCUGCUGGGAACAAUUGCAUUACAUUGCUUGACCUGCUUGAGUGGCAUUGCUGGUUAAUUAUGAAGACUAUUUGAGAUAUGCUGCUUAAUCCUGAAAGGGUGGGAGAGACUUGAUGAAGCAAACAAGAUUGAGCUAUGGUGAGGUAGAACAGUCCUAUUGCAUGCUUUUUAGCUGCAUAUUCAAUUCCAUUCCUUGCCCUUCAAACCAAAAAAUAAAGCUGAAGGACCUGAUGAGAGAUGCCAUUUGCUUUGGAUUAACUUGAAGGGGAUGGGAGCCUGGUUUUAAAAUGUUUUGUUUAGAGAUCUUCCACCCAACUCUAGUCUGUGCAGAGUGGAGCAUUCACUUUAGACCCCUGGUGGAUUAGGAUCAAAGAUGUAUUGGAAAUUGUGCCUGAUGUGGACUUGUGGUGAUUUUGGUAUUGGUAUACUAAGUGUUUUGUUUGUAACUUCCUGUUGCAUUAACUCUGACUACACUUGUCUUAAGGAUUUUAUGAAGGUGCAACAAAAAGAUUAAUCUUGUUUGUGAAGAAGGUUGUGAUGCAUUUGCAGAUAAUGUCACAGUACAACUCAGCUUAAUUUUUUACCCCCCCCCCCCCCCCCAAAACCUUGAUAUGCAAGGAAGUUUUGAUCUGCAGAAGGUCAAAUUGUUUGACUGCAGAUUAUAUAUAUAAUUGUAUUCCUUGCCAAAUUGAAUUUGUAGUUGAAACUUUGUAUAUAGAUUUUCACUUCAGUGCUGUGAACUGGAAGCUCAAUUGUUGAACAGUCAGGCUUGAAAUACUUUUGGUCCUUGCUGAGAGUUUUGGACUGAGGCAGAUGGUCUGACCUCGGAAAACAACAGGAAAUUCCAACAUGCUCGGGGAACUGAAAUCCUUUUAAGGUUUUGGGAUGUUUCCUGAGGAAUUCUUCUCAAAAAAACUUUGUUUUCUUAACAAUAGAAAUAAUUUGGAAGACUUUUGAAAUGGCAUAGCAAGGUAUAUAUCUGAGCAUGAAAAUUGCUGGAAAUUUCAGCUUAUCGACAAUUUUUUAAAAAAGGGAACGCACUAGAUAACCUUGAGUAUAGACCUUAUCCAAAGGCAGAAAAGAUUCACCUGUGCUGUUAACCAGUUUCCAUAAAUCACUGUAUUGCAGCCACUUGAAGUACAAUAAUUGGGACACUAUGUUAUGUACAAGGUAAUGUUGUCAGAACUGCUUGCAAGGUGCUAAUUUGAUGGGGUCACUGAAAUCAUGAGAUUAUUUCAUGUAGAUUAUCAGUGACGUCUAACCAUCCCCCUGCCCCCACCUCUACACCUGCAGAAAAAUGUCACCUUUUCCUUGCAUGUUGUAGAACAAGACAGAAAGUUGUUGGAAUAAGCAUCAAAGUAAGUCAGAAUGCAUUCAGAAUGUUCCUGAAGCUUCUCCUCUUACCCUACCUACUCAAUUUUCACAGGAAAUAGAAUUAGAAGUAGUCAUAAGGCUCCUUUCAUGCAUCCUUCAAUCCGAAAGGUUUUAACAUGUAAAUGAUCUAGCUGUUGACCAUCAAUACAAUUACCCGAAUGUUUCUCCAAUGACUUUAAUAAGAAUUGUAUAGGCUUCGUAGAAUGAGGUUUGUAGAGUAGGUUUAUUCCAUAAUUCUACAGCAUUUACUGCUGAAAAUGACCUGCUCCUCAGUACUAUACUAAUUUAGAGCUUAGUUUAGAGCUCUGUCCAGCUGUCCAUUUUAAAAUGGGUGAUAGCAUAAGAGGUGAAGUAUUUCUGGGAAAUUUUACUUUUUAUUUUGUAAACAGGGAAACUCCUUUUAUCUCUGUUACAUCAUGUAAAAGUACUAUUAAUAUCUAAAAAUCCCCUCGCUUUACAUUUUGAGGAAGAGCAGCUUGUUUAGUAUCAUUGUGGAAAAAAACCCAUUAUUUUGUUGCUGUUUGUCUGCAAUUUGGCUGCUACAUUAUGCAGUAACUACACUUGCAAAACAAAAAAAAAGCCUGUGAGGAGUUUGGGACAUUCUGCAGUAAAGAUCCCUAUAAUUGCAAGUCUUUUUUACACAGGGGACCAAAAUAGCCCAAAGAAUGUUUCUCCAUUGCUGAUGGGAAAGAGCCAUUCUGCAAACAUCCUUUUAGCAGCUUUCACUGCCCUACUGUGAUUGUGUCGCUAACUGAAAGCUUGGCAUAGACGUAAGGGAUCUUGACAUGCGAAAUGUUAAGCCACAGAAACUUCCCCUAGGAAUUGAUUAAAACUUUUACUAAUUUGUACUCUUGUUUAGAGCCACUUCUUGGUUAUUAAGGAGGCCAGAAUGCUGACGUGCCAAAUUCAGUUUAUAUAUUUCCACCCAGCUAUAGCAGGGUGGCUUUGAGAUUGUACAUGGUGAGUGAUCCUUUUGUCACUACAUCAAUAGCUGCUCCGUGAAAGGAGUAAACAUUCUACUUUUGAGGAAACUGACGGGAGGUGCCAGGAAUGUGAUAUUGGAGAAGUAGUCUUGAAUAUAAUCCCUGUGUUAGGCAGAGGCCUCUGUCCCCCUCUCCCUAAAGUGUUGACAGACAAAAUCCAGUAAUCUUGGUAUUAUUUUCUGCCAGUUGUGUCAUAAAUAAUUUUUUAUUCAUGUGGACAGUUGGAGAGCAGGAUUCAUAGCUAGUAUUUGAAUUUUGUAUCAAGGCCUGUUUACUGAAGUUUGUUUAUAUAGUGCACUACAGCACACAGUUCACAGCGUCUAUUUGAAGAAUACAGCAAAUUACUUAUGACUGAAACUAACAAUAUGAGGGUGAUUUCUCCAAGUUAAAUAAUGCAAAUUGUGUGCAAAAUUAAUUCGCUAUUUUCCUUUGUUUCCAUGCAUGAUUUAAUGGGGGAAUUAUAUGGUCAUCACCUGACUGAGAGUAGUGACUGGGAUAGUAUCCACAGUCCCUAUUAAUUUAAGGCUGUACAAUGUUUUUAAGAUUCUGAGCAACAUGGCCCUUCUCCUUGCGAUUAAAUGAUACCAAUUGCCCUUUCAUCUGCGGAGCCUGGAUUCAAGUCUAUUCUGGUCCAUUCUCAGAACAUAAGUUUUUAUUCAAAUAAAGACUGGGAAAGUUGACAAUACCUGCUGUUUCUCAUUCCUCCAUUUGCUCAGCCACAAAUCUCCUCCCUUCAGUUUCACAUGCUUUGUUCAGUCACAAAUGCUGUACAUUGACCCAUCUCAUUUGAGAUAUUGCAGAACUGGGAGUUUGAUGCAUUUUUACAUCGUUGGAACUGAUGUAACUUAUUUUGGGCAGAGACCAGCUGGGAGUACCUGAUGUUGUACCUAAGCCCAAAACACCUUCACAGUUUUCUCAUUCUGGCUGGUUAAAAGGUGAAUAUUUUAAUAGCAGGAAAUAACAUGGAAAUCUGAAUUAAUUUAUGCUCUUUAAAGGAUUACCUCAGAUGUAACUAAUCAGAUUGGUUGAAAAUCUGUCAAUUGUAUUACUUAGCUUUGCAAAAGAGGCAAGACUCAAUAUGUGUUUUCUAAGCAAUGUGCAACGUUAAAUGAUUUUGAAAACUGUCGUGUUGAUUCUUAGGUUGGGAGCUGUAACUGAUUUCAUCCUCAUGUUUUUAAUGUCAGUUUUUCUUGAUGCAAAGGAUUUGGGGCUUGGGAAAUUGUUUUGUGGGACAUGUUUACAGGGAAGAGUGUUGAAAUUAAUGUGGUUCUUGCUAAUCUGGAGAGUUAAGUGAUCAUCUACAAUUGUAUAUACUAUCUCAGUUCAAGUCAGUUGGAAGGAGAUUAACAUUUGCACUUUAUUUAAUAAUGUUCAUGUUAAAAUCCUCAGAUUAUAUUCAGAAUAUAAAGCAAAUACAAUGAUUUACAAUAUAUGUUUACUAUAUAUAAAAAUUGUCUACAAUAAAUUAUAUACUUAUGGAA